UCGAAAACAAGCUACAACAAUGGGGGCCGUGGCUCCGCCUCUUCAAUGGAUUCCUGAAGACGACUUGCUCCUCAAAAAUGCCAUUGAGGCUGGUGCUUCUUUGGAAUCUCUAGCUAAAGGUGCUGUGCAAUUUUCUCGGCGGUAUACUGUACAGGAGCUGCAAGAUCACUGGUUUUCUCUUCUCUAUGAUCCCAAUGUUUCUGAAGAGGCAUCAGAAAACAUGAUUGAGGCCGAACGUUUUGGGGUAAUAAGUCAAUUGCCACCUAAUAAGUUUGGAGUAAAAGAUGUAGCUUGCAUUUCAGGGAAGAGAAAAGCUGAAAGUGUCCGAAAGUAUUAUUAUGCCAUGCGUAAAAGAAUCCGUAUUGAACCGGCAGAUAUGGGGGGAAUCAGUCUUGCAUCUGAGCCUGGUUAUUCUAGCGUCAGAGAUGGUAAUGAACUCUUGUAUGGAGAUUGCGAAGUUGGGAAUCCAGCUUCAAAUAUUCUGGGAGCUCAAGGCCCAGAUUACAGCAUUAGGCCUACUUCCUCAGCUGAAUUUGGGCCGCAUGCUGCUGAGGCAACUGGAAAUGAUCUCAUGCCCUCUUUCGGUGGUGUUCUAAAUCAUGGGCGAGAAGAUCUUGGUGGGGAAUAUGUGUCAAACAACCUUCUCUAUACAUAUGAAGAGAAUAUCUCAUUAACCGGGGAUUGCAGUGAGAUCCCUGGAUUUGUCCAAUCAAAUGAUUUGCCUCGUUCAGAACUUGGUGACCAGUCAUUUCAUAAUUUUGAGUGUUCACCUCCUCUACCUCACAUGCCUAUUAGACAUGGUUCCGAGGACAUUUCUGCAGCGCACUCAAACCUCAAAUUGGAAGCUCCGCUACCUUGUGAUAGCAUGAUAGAUAUGGCUUCUAGCACACAAGAAUACCUUGAUGUGUUGUUUGACCUUUCUGACGACGAAGGGCUACUCUACAUGGAUAAUGAUGGAAAUGAGGGUAUAGGAAAGUCUUAUCUUGAUGGUUUGAGUUCACUUCUAUUGGAUUCUCCCUAUCUGUGCGAUUCAUCUGGUUCAGGUCUAGGUGAGGCUUCAGUGGUUCCAGAUGGACAUUUAGUUGAUACAGGUGAUAUACUUGAUGGGGGUUCAUAUAAGGAGGACCUCUGUGAUCAGAAGGAAGUUGCAGCUACUCAACUAUCAGCCUCGCAAUAUACUAUGAAAGUAGGUCCAGAAUAUCGUAAUGGAGUCAUUUGUUGCACAUUAAAUACCGAAGACCCAGAUAUUCCUAGCAAUGAUGAUGUUUUUCUUCCCUAUCGGUUUCCUUCUCCAACUAAUUCCUCAGGGGCUCACUGGGCAUUGCAUGACCCUAGCUAUCUAGGGUCCUCGUCACGUAAGAAUUUCUCAAGCACUUCCAGUGCAAAAGGAGGACAUCUUGCAAUGAAAAACACCCAGAAAGAUUCAUUCCAUCAGUCAGAUGCGGGUUUAAGAUGCCGAAAAGAUCAUGGAGUUAAAUUCAAAUUGCCUGAGAGUAGCAUCCAGCACUCAACACGUAGAGAAGCUGGGAACAGUGACAGUUUGAAUCAUGCCAGUUUAGCAAAUGUGAAUGCCAACAAUUUUGUCACUGGAGUUAAGGGAGGUCCCCCAGAGAUGGUACAUAGAAAGAAUCUUGGUUUUAAGUCCCUUGGACCUUUCCAAGACAAGCAUAAAAGUAGUUUGGAUAUUCAUCAAAGCCUUCAAAAUAAUUCUGAUGGCACUCGGAGUGGAAUGGACAGCGUAGCUGAAAUUCCAAAUAAUGGAUCAUCAAAUGUCGACUUGAUUUUCCAGCAAACGGAUGCCCCAAAGGCAAUUGAUCACUCCCUACUUUCAGAUCAGGAGGAUAUCUUAUCUGAGAAUGAAUUUGGCGUGCCUUAUUUUUCUGAUGUAGAAGCAAUGAUCCUAGACAUGGAUUUGAGCCAAGAUGAAUUUGAUUUAUACACCAAUCCUGAAGUUCAACGGUUUCAACUUGAAGAAACGAAGAGAACAAUCAUAAGGCUGGAGCAGGCAGCUAAUGCUUUCACACACAGAGCCAUUGUUAGUCAUUUUGCAUUUGCUGUGUUAUAUGGGCGUUUCUCCAGACAUUGGAUAAAGAAAACUGAGGUGUUACUGGGUAGGGCAACAGAUGAUGUGAAAGUUGACAUUGACUUGGGAAGAGAAAAAAAUGGUGGUAAAAUUUCUCGAAGACAGGCUACGAUGAAGAUGGACGCGAAUGGAACCUUCCAUUUGAAGAACCUCGGAAGAACACCAAUUUACGUGAAUGGCAAAGAUGUAGCCUCUGGACAGAGCCUAGGCCUUACUUCUGGCUGUCUCAUUGAGGUGAGGGGACUGGCCUUUGUGUUUGAGACCAACCGUAAAAUGAUAAAGCAAUACAUCGAUAGCCCUGCAGGACGGGUUUUAGAAGGUUAUCAACAUCGAUGAGAAGCUGAACGAGACAAUCAUAUGCAGGAAGGUGCUGGCUUUUUUUCCCCAACACUUUCUUGAAUAGUUACAUGUAUAGAGAGAGUAGUCACCAUUAGCUUUUUUCUUCUCUCAUAUCCCCAAAUUUAGGGUGAUUAGAUCUAUUUUGUGCUAUGAGAUUUUUUCUUACCUCUGUUACACAACCACAUUUUUGAAGCAAUUAGUGUAUGCGACUUCCCAUGGUUCAA